ACAGGAGAGGUGCUUUAUCUGUCUAUGAUAUGCCGCCUGGAUAAAUUUUACCUGCAAAAGGAUAGGCAUCUGUUCAGCUGGGUGCUGAUGCAGCACUAUGUAGAGAAUUCCAUAGCCUUCUUCAUCCUGCCAGACCCGGAGAAGAUGCAGCAACUGUUACAGAACCUGAGCCCUGAAUAUCUCAAUACCCUCCAGAGGAACAUGAACCAAAGGGUUGUCAACUUAUAUUUCCCCAAAUUUACCGUUUCUGCAACCUAUGACCUGGAGACAGUCAUGAGGACACUGGGCAUCACCCAAAUCUUCAGCAACAAUGCUGAUCUUUCAAAAGUCACAAAGGAUGCUCCUGUGAAGGUAUCCAAGGCUGUGCAUAAGGCUGUGCUGGCAAUUGAAGAUACAGACAGAAAAAACGCCCAGUUUUCUAAUGUAUUCAAGAUUACCUCACCUAAAGUCCCCACUGUCAAGUUCAACAGACCCUUCCUAGUCAUCAUCAAAGACAAAGCCUUAGAUCUUCCUUUUAUUGUGGGCAAAAUAGGGGAUCCCAAACCACAAUAAUUAUACUUGAGCAUCAGUUCCCACUUUCCCCAACCAGUUCUCUCCCUAGAUUACUUCAAGCAUGGGCAUCAUUUAUAAUUUUCUGGGGAGGAGGGGGGAGACUAUUUCUAGUCAUUCCCAUGUAUAGAGGGCAAUGACAAACCAAAAUAAAUAAAUAGAUAAAUAAAUAAAUGGAUAUUU